AUGUUUGCACUCGACCACGACUUCCUCUUUGCGUCAUUCGGGGAUAAACAGCCUUCCACUACUCGCCGAACUCAUAUAAGACGCUUAUAUGAUAUUCUGCAAUUGUCUAUCCAGCGCAACCACUUGGAUCGCGCCCGAAGGGCAUGGGCGAUACUCAUCCGAUGCAAGGAAUUUGAUUGGAAAACGAUGUGGAUGAUAGCACUACAUAUAUGCGACCACCAAGAAGACAUGAUCAACGAUCAGUGUGCAAACGCGAUAGCUCUUCUGAAAUCCAUGAUGCGACAAAAUCCGAACAUUCGUGAAACUAUUCUGCGCGAGAUUAUUGUACGACAGAUACGCAGUGGGCAACAUCGCACGGCUCUCAAUGACUUGGAAUUUUAUCUACCGUCAUUCCCGUUUCAUGACAAUGCCGUACUGCAUCUCUACGCAGGCAUGCUGGCUCUGUACCUAGCACAAAUCAACUUCCCAGGAGAUAUCAAUCGAAAGGAGUCUCUCCUCAGAGACGCUCAAGGCUACUUGGAACGUUCGAAUAUCCUCGACACCGGAAAUAUCGUUGCAAGAGUUUUUCUCGAGCAGUUGCCGGAAAUAACUCGACAACCUAAAUUAUACACGGACGGUACGGUCGCGAGGCCGUUAUCGGAUGAGGAAGAUUGGAGCAACGUCGAGACCCAGAUGAACUCACGUCAGAAAAGAAUACGAGGAGAAUGAAUUCGCGUCGUCAGGUCAAACGCCCGCCGAAGCCGCACAUACCCAUAUAAUUGUGAUUUCGCUGGUAUCGGUGAGGUGCACCUACAUUGAAGCCGGGCUGUUAUCGUCAUCGACGCCACCACGUCCGGGCAAGCGAAACUCGAUCAUGUAGAACGCCGACAUCGCCAUUGGUCGUCAAAGUAUCGAAAUG